AUGGAUACCGAAAGAUCAGAACUAGCGGAACACAUCGCACAUACUGGGCACGAGAUCAAUUGGAAGGCAAUAGAAAGAAGAGCCCCAUACGGUGACAACAAAAGGAAGCGGAAGAUUAGAGAGGCCAUUGACAUCCUUGGGGAGACAAAUCUAAUGAACAGGAGAUUGGAGGAAGGUAGAGUUAGCGGUUACUAUGCCUACUGCUUAAGCAAGCUCGAGGAAAAAAUAAUAAAGCAAGACCAGCAAAAAGUAUACGCUUGA